AUGAGCAUCUCUAUAAGAACCAAAAACAUUGCAAAACAAAAUGCUUUGUCAAUUGCAAUUAUUGGAUCUAAAUUUUUCAGCCUAUCACCUACAUAUAAGCAUGCCCAUGCUGACCAGCCAACUAUUAUAGGUGUCGUGAAUAAGAGCAUGCAUAUAACUUGGGCUGAUUUAUACUUCAUAUUUCUAGCAUACGACAAAAUUUGAUGGAGACAGAUAAACGUGGAAAUAACUAAGAUAACUGCUGUUACUCCGAUAGCAGAGCUUUCUCCUAAAUUAUCGUGGUUUACCAUUUAA